CCCAGCGCGGCCCGGGGGAGCGGGACCCGGCACCGGGCACAGGGGACACGGGACCGGGCACAGGGGACCCGGCACCGGGCACAGGGGACACGGGACCCUGUCCGGCUGCGGCCUCGCGCGGACCUGAACCUCCUCCUGCUUCUGGAGCUGCUCGUGCGGGUGCUGGUGGGGCGGGGAGCGGAGCGUGGGAGCCGUGCCCACUGGUUUAGCUCCCGCUUCGUGCUUCGCAUGGGAAUGGGAUCCGGGAGCGCUGCCUUGCUGACCCCUUGGCUUGCAGCUGGAACCACCAAGGGGGGAAUAUGAAACAGGAGUUUUAGACUUUGAGGACUCACUAUGGAAGACUCAGAAGGACGACACUUCAGCUCAGUGGAAGAAGAAACCAGAUACUGGAAGGAGCUGGCUAUGAAGUACAAGCAGUGUGCUGAGAAUACGCAGGAGGAAUUGCGUGAAUUCCAAGAAGGGAGCCGAGAGUAUGAAGCCGAACUGGAGACUCAGCUGCAACAAACAGAGUCCAGGAACAGAGACCUUCUGUCAGAAAACAACCAUCUGCGGAUGGAGCUGGAGUCAGUGAAGGAAAAGAUCGAAAUGCAGCAUUCAGAAGGAUACAGGCAAAUCUCUGCACUGGAAGAUGACUUGGCACAGACAAGAGCUAUUAAAGAGCAGCUUCAGAAAUAUAUUCGAGAACUCGAGCAAGAAAACGAUGACUUGGAAAGAGCAAAAAGAGCCACUAUAAUGUCUCUGGAGGAUUUUGAACAGCGUUUAAACCAGGCUAUUGAAAGAAAUGCUUUUCUGGAGAGUGAGCUGGAUGAGAAGGAAAACCUUCUGGAGUCUGUGCAGCGCCUGAAAGAUGAAGCCAGAGAUCUACGACAAGAGCUUGCAGUGCAGCAGAAACAGGAGAAACCCAAAACACCGAUGAGAACUCCCCUGGAAGCAGAAAGAACAGACACUGCAGUUCAGGCCUCCUUAUCUGUGCCCUCAACACCGGCAAUGCGUCGGACACCCAUCAGCAUACCCACCCCUGGGACAUUUAGGAGAGGUCUUGAGGACAGUUAUGGUGCAACCCCUCUCACACCAGCUGCAAGAAUAUCUGCACUUAAUAUUGUGGGAGACUUGCUGCGAAAAGUGGGGGCUUUGGAGUCCAAGCUUGCAUCUUGCCGAAACUUUGUGUAUGACCAGUCUCCGAACAGGCCUUCAGUGUCCAUGUACAUGAACAGAGAUGUCCUUGAAACGCGCCUGAGUCCUCAUCAGCCUCUGUGUGAUACAGGGUUGGUGAAACGUCUGGAGUUUGGAACACGGCAUUCAAACAUUCCAGGACCCAUGAGCCAUCCCUCACAAAGUGUUGUCAAGAUGCUGCUAUGAAAAGCCUGGCUGGCUUUGGGAAAGGAGAAGAAAUGUGUAUUUCAAACUUUAGUUUUAAAGAGAGUAUCAGUGAGCAAGCAGACAGCAGUGUCAGGGUAGGUGAGAGCUGAACAAGAAGUCUCAGUUGGCAGUGGCUUCCAGUGUGGCCGGUGGGCAGGCUGUGUGGGUGACAAAGUGUGACAAAGCAAUGCUGACUGGCAGUGCAGGACUGGGAAUUGCUUCCUGUACCAGCUGCUGUAAAUAGCUCCUUGAAGGUCACUUCUUUUGACACUGCCAAAGCCAUUGUCCUUCUGCCUACAACAUAGCAAUAUUCCCUGUCCUCAGGCUUUGGCUUUUCAUGUUAAUUCACCACCAGUUCUGGCUGAAAUUCUGCUUUCUACCAUGGGUAUUGUGUGCUGCAGUCACACAAAUUAAAGGAGUGUUUUUAUGUGGAGAAAGGUGUAUUUCUGCAGGGAAGCUGCUCAGCUCCUUGUGGGAUGUUUGCUGACCAGAAUGUAGCAGCACAAAAGCAGUGCCAAGAUGUUUCUGUAAGCAGUGAUUUGUUAUUUGGGACAGGUCAUGUUUAAAGUUGAGACAUGUCUAGUGCUUAGAGUGCAUAGGAGAUCCUAGAGCUAACAGCAUGUAGACAUCUUCCCCCUCCCCCCCCCCCCCCCCCCCCCACCAUAGUGGGGGCCAGACCUGAUUAAGUUUCUAGUUCUGACAUCUUGAUAGAUGGGUUUUACUGCUUUACAAACCUCCCUUCACUAAGGUGCCUUGGGUGUUAGUGGUUUUUUUCACGUUUUAUUUUUCUAUAUGAAUGUAUCAGCUAUUACUAAUUUAGAAAUGCUUUUCUAACCUGGAAACCCCUUUAUUCUAGAGGAGUGUAUAUGAGUAGAGAAUGAUUUUAAAAUAAUUUUUCCCUCUGUAAAAUAUUACUGCAUUUGUUUUUUAAAUGGAGUCGAUUCAUUCCCAGUGUUAAUGUAUUUUAUGGAAGGCUGUACUUGGAAAACUAAUUGUGACUAAACAAUUUUUUUUUUUCUUUUGUGGCAGGGGAUGUGGAGAGCUUACUUGACAAAAGAAUACAUAGAUGGGUUUGAUGUUUUUUUGGCAGUUUUUUGGGUUUUUUUAAGAAAGUGCUGUGAAAACAGCCACUGAUACAUCUGUUUCUCUAGAAUAUGAAAACCACAGAUAAUUUCCAUUUUUCAGUCCACCUAUGAAGUUGGUUUAACUGGGGAGCAGAAUAAAGCUUAUUUUGAAUGCGCA